AUGGAAAAACAGUUGAAGUCCAGUCACUAUACAAAUUGUCAACUCCAAGAUGUUUUAAAACAGAACAAAUCAACUUUAAAAGAUUGCAAUACUGGUGUCCAAGAGAAGUUUAGAAAUGUGUUUUGUAAUUUUCCUCUUAGGAACCUUUCUGAUGUUGUGGAAAUGGAAGAAAAAUUAAAAGAUUCAGCAUCAUAUCAUUUAAUGAAAACCAGAUUACGGCAAUGUGAGUGUUCUGCUAACUUAAGUGAUUCAGUUACAUCAAUGCUUCAAACCCUUUUCACUGAUGAAUGGGCAACGCACUAUAAUUUUGACAGUAAAAAUAACUUGAAAAAUCCUUUUAAAGAGUCAACCAUUUACCAUAUAAUAAUUGAUGUAACAUUGACUUUUCAUAAAAAUGGAACAGAGCACAAUGUCAAGAUUAGAAUAAGAAUUUGAUUAGGAUAGGCAUCCACACGAAUAUCCAACAGGGAACUUAAGAAAAAUAAAAAUAGUUUUAAUUGUAGACAAUAAUUUUAUACAUAUUAUAUUU